CUCACGUGCGCGGACAUUUGUGCAGUGUAGAGCAAGCGAUGAGCAAUUACUGGACGGUCCUCCUCCAUCGUCAUUAUCGUCACCAGCAGCGAUAUAGCAGUACCAGCGGGAUCGCCUACCAUGCACCACGCAUAACCACCCCAGCGACUCAGCUCCACGCUCCAGUCUAGAAAAGCACGGAAAGCGAACGGAUGGUCUGGUUAGCGUACAACCUGCCUUAUCGCAUUUGAUACAUUACAGCACUUAUAGAGCAGAGAGCGAGAGCCGAGCCGUGGAGCAACGUUUCGCUUGCAGAACGACCGGAUUUUUAAAAGCGGCACGCCGAAUGUCAGGCCCGCCUGCACAGCUGAAAGACAUUCCACACCUGACUCUCUGUUCCCAUUCACGACAGCCAGAGACGCUGCUGCCAUCCUUCCGGCAAAGCUCGCCAGACGUGAUGAGCAGGGUGCAGACCGGCAGCGAAGGGGCAGCCAGGUCUAACUUCCACCCGAUGGUCAGUCGCACAUUGCGGUCCUACACGGCACACGACGGCCCGGCCUUUGCUCACCGGGACGGAGCAACACUGUACAAGGUCCUGCCAGAAGGAGAAAAAGACACCGACGAUGAUGACGACGAUGAAGAUGGUACAGGCACACCAUGGUCUUUGAACACAGCGGACGACGAGACGAGAAAGGAUCACGAAGGACUUCUGCACGGCGAGCACAGCAGCAGCUUCAAAUCUGUCCCAUGGGGCGCACGAGCGGCCAAGCGGCGCAGCUCAGCGUUCAGCAAGUUGUUGAGGGGUAACAAGAAACGGAGGGGGAGACGCUCGUUGAUAUUCAAAGCUGUUGUCGCUGCGAGUGCGGUCUGUGCCUGCUGCCUCCUCGGCCUGAUCAUGUUCACGAGCCGCGACGGGGCAAACUGGCGCACCGUCGGUGGGCAGCGAGGCGAUGCGGCAGCAGUUGGGGAUGUGGACGCAGCAGCGAGAUUCUCACUGCCCGGAGGCUACGUUCGACAUCAUGAGCUCGAGGAGACGGCGCGCACGACGGUCUUCCUGUUCAAGACGGGCUAUACUGUCAUGUUUGAUCGGCUGCCCGUGCAGAUCAUGCACAGUCCGCCUAUGCCGUCCUCACCGCUUCGCAAGUACUAUUCGGAUGUCGAGUUCACGCUGGAUGACGUGUAUGUCAAAAACAUCCUCCAGGAUAUUUCGCCGCGCUUGCAGGCCCUCCCGGUAUUCAAGACGUAUUACCGGCUGCACAGCCUCAUAGCAUCGGGCCUACCCGUUCCCCAUGGAGGCGAGUUCUGGGACUUGGAUGCGCUCAAGAUCAUGCCGAUACACGGGGACGCCUACCGCGCGCACCGUGAUUUCAACUGGCACGUUGCUGCGGACGGGGAUACGUUCCUGUUCACCGAAAACAUCCUACGCUACCUGUCCGCGCACGACGCGGCGCAGCUUCACUACCUCGGCCACCGCGACAGCCGGGAGAUUAAUUGCAGCACCGCACGCUUGUUCGGAGACGGCAAGCUCUUCUGGGCGCACGGCGGGUCCGGGUAUGCACUGAGCAAGGGGCUGCUGGAUCACAUGCUGCAAGACGACCCGUUCAGGUUCAACGGCGGCAUCGAUCAGACCAUCGCAGAGGAAGGCGCCGGCGACGUCAUUCUCGGCAGGGUCAUCAUGGACCUGACCAACGGUACGAUCAAGGGCCCCAAUGCCGGCGAACAUCUGUUCAAUCCCGACCCAGUGCGUUCGUUGAAUUUCGUCCAGGAAAACUGGUACUUGCCCGUCUUGUCGCUCCAUCACCUUUCCAACGCCGAGAUAUACGGCCUGCGGCUAUUCGAGCAGGAUGCGCUUAACUUGCUCCAGCGCAUAUUUGGCCCGAAAGGCGACAUGAUUCGCCGCUGUGAUAUAGCGCACUACAUUCUCCCAUCGGACCUGAAAGGAGCCCUGGAGCAGUAUACGCGUAGACCUUCCGCCUCACAACACACGCUUCGCCUGGAACACCACCGCUUCGCCAUUUCCCAUCCCGUCAGCUUUGGCCCAGAUUGGGGCAAGUACCUCAAGAAGGCGUACAACCCUGACCUAUGCAUUGGUUUGUGCGAAGAGGUGAGUGAUUGUCCAAGGAACCCGCUCCAAGAUGACGUGCACCCUGGUGCACGAUCCUUACUCCUCUUGAAUCUCUGCUUCAUUCGCACUUCGCAGCGCAAGGAAUGUUUCGGAUGGCAGUGGGAGAAGGACAAGGGGUGCGCUCUACAGCUGGACUCCUGGAACCUUCCCUUGCCGGUACCCGAGGAUUCCAUCGAAUCAGGUAUUCGAAUUGACAGAAUCGCGGCAUUCAUGGCCAAGAACGACUGCUACGACAUGCGGAAGCGGACUUUCAAUGACACUCUGUGGAUGCAAAGGCCGUCGUUAUUACCGUGACAGCUAAUUAUGCAGACAGCAAGCAUGGAAUUUAUAGAUCAACUGAUUAGCGGAUGAAUAUCGCAUUGUAGCAUACAAGCAACUGCAUCACAUACGAUCAAAUC